AUGGAUGUCGUUCUGUCCACAAACUGCAGCUCAGAUGAUUAUAUAAUUGUGAGGAAGCCCAGUGACUGCGUCCCACCCAGCGACGGCCCCCGUGUGUCAGACGGACCCCCCGGGACCCGGAGCCCCAGCCCGGUGCCUCCACCUCACUCGCUGACCCACGACAGGAACCGCGAGCAGAAGAUCCUGGAACUGACCAACAAGAUGAUGUCCCUGCUGACUGGAGAGGUUCCUGUAAGGUGUGAUGAUGUCACCGUCUAUUUCUCCAUGGAGGAGUGGGAGUAUUUAGAAGGACACAAGGAGCUUUACAGGGACGUGAUGAUGGAGACCCACCAGCCCCGCGGCUCUCCGGACGCAUCCGAGGUCAGAGAUCGAGACCCUAAUUUUCCGCUGGACUGUAAGACGUCUCAUUUUAUUAAGGAGGAAUCCGCCUCAUGUGAAGAGACAGACAUUUGUGACCCGGCUGAGUCUCCACAGACAGAGCUCACAUCGACUCGUAAUGAGGACGGAUCCCCCUCAGAUGAAGACGGAAAUGUCUCAGCCCCCGAUACACACACAGAGCACGACGGGGGGGAUAAUACGUCUGUCCACGUAAAGGAGGAAUCAGCUUCCAAUGAAGAUUAUUGGAUCCCAACCGAACACAAGGGAUCUACUUCUACUGAUAAAACCCAAACCAGUAACACACAUUUUCAGUGUGAAACACCCCCCGAUGAGGGUACAUAUAGCUGCCACGAGUGUCAGGAACGGUUUACCAGUGACUCUGAUCUUCUUCUACAUCAGACCAUCCAUAAUAGAUCGGCGGUCUCCUCUCUGGACUGUGGGAAAAGUUCUCACUCUAACUCUCCAAUAGUUAAGCGCCAGCAUAUUCACAAAGGUGAGAAGCCUUAUUCCUGUCCUGAAUGCGGGAAAUGUUUUAACAGGAACACACACCUUGUUGAACACCUUAGAAUUCACACUGGGGAGAAACCAUAUUCUUGUUCCGUGUGUGGAAAAUGUUUUAUUAGUAGCUCAUACCUUUUUCAGCAUUUCAGAAUUCACACCCAGGAGAAACCUUUUUCUUGUUCUGAGUGCGGGAAAUGUUUUCAUAGGAACGCGCAUCUUGUUCGACAUCACAAAAUUCACACAGAGGAGAAGCCUUAUUCCUGUUCUGAGUGCGGGAAAUGUUUUAAGCUAAACGCUCAUUUUGUCCUCCACCAGCGCACUCACACAGGAGAAAAACCAUUCCCAUGUUCCGUGUGUGAGAAGUGUUUUAGCAGUAAAUCAAGCCUUGUUCGACAUAGCAGAAUCCACACUGGAGAGAAGCCUUAUUCCUGUUCAGACUGCGGGAAAUGUUUCAGACAGUCUUCGGAUUUUGCCCUUCACAAGCGGACUCACACAGGAGAAAAAGCAUUUCCGUGUUCCGAGUGCGGAAAGCGCUUUAACCGUAAAUGGCACCUUAUUCAACAUGUCAGAAUUCACACCGGGGAGAAGCCGUAUUCCUGUUCUGAGUGUGGGAAGUGUUUCACGCGAUACUCACAUUUUGCCAUCCACCAGCGAACUCACACAGGAGAAAAAGCAUUUCCAUGUUCUGAGUGCGGAAAGUGUUUUAACCGUAAAUGGCACCUUAUUCAACAUGUCAGAAUUCACACCGGGGAGAAGCCGUAUUCGUGUUCGGAGUGCGGGAAAUGUUUCAAGCGAUACUCACAUUUUGUAGUCCACCAGCGAACUCACACAGGAGAAAAGGCUUUUCCGUGUUCUGAGUGCGGAAAGUGUUUUACUCGUAAAUGGCACCUUGUUCGACAUGUCAGAAUUCACACUGAGGAGAAGCCUUAUUCCUGUUCCGAGUGCGGGAAAUGUUUCACACAGUCCUCAGAUUUUACCCUCCACCAGCGCAGUCACACAGGAGAGAAACCAUUUCCGUGUUCUGAGUAAAUUG